UAUACAGCAUUGGUGCAGUGAGAGCAGUAGGUUGUAUCUUUGAUAACCCGACUGGUUUAGGGGCCUGGGAGGCUCGAUCCGGAGGUCUCCCAUGAUAUCCUGCGGCUGGGGCUUUGUCGCUUAGCAACAUAUCAAACUUUCUCCAGCUGAGCUUCCAGUAAAAACAAACGUGCUCUCCCAAGUCAUGUAGCUAGCUAACACUGUCACUUAUUUCAGCUAAUAGUUCAGGUGAGUCAACGUCUACGACACAGCCGGAAUGUCAAAAGGUCCACCAAAGAAAAAGGAGUUGUCCUCCAGCCGAGUCACUUCAUCACAAGGACAGACACCAAAUAAAGAAGUAUCAUCCCUGGUGGCUAGUGCCUCAGAGGGCCCAGGAGAGCUGAGGAGAUGCCGCUACCCCAUCUGGCCGGAGUGGAGUGAGGCAGAGGUCAACACAGAGAAAUGGGAUGCGGCCAAGGGCGCUAAGGAUGGAAAGAUGGGGAAGAGUCCAUUUUUGCCAUUCUUUGAGGAUCCAGAGGGAAAGGUCGAGCUGCCUCUGUUGCUGAAAGUGCACUCAUGGAAGCGCCCUUCAGAGCACAUACUCACCAAGGGCCUUCAGUAUAUCCUUUUCAUCAUACAGACUGCCGCCUUAAAGUCGACACUGCAAAGAGACUGCACAAGAACAGAAUGUUCCACUAUACCUCCGGUAAUAGUGGAGAACGAAUCAUCAUUUGACCUGACCGCAGCCAAUGAACAUCUGCUCUGCAGUGAGCUCUUCAGGUGGAUAGUGAGUGAAAUCUACAUAGUGUGGAAGAUCUAUAAUGGGACGUCAGUAGAGCAGGGGUCUGAUGUCUGGAAGCCUUGGGAACACAUCUACUCCCUGUGUAAGGUGGUCAAGGGACACAUGCCUCUCUAUAACGUCUAUGGGAAGUACGUGGUCAAACUAUACUGGAUGGGCUGCUGGAGGAAGAUCAUGGUGGACGAUGCGUUGCCAUUUGAUGAGGACAACAACCUGCUGCUUCCUGCCACCACCAACCAAUCAGAGCUGUGGCCCAUGCUGCUGGCCAAGGCCAUCAUUAAACUGGCCAACACAGAUGUGGUGUCAGGACAGAGGAAGGAGCUGGGAGACUUCACUGUCAUCCAUGCUUUGACCGGAUGGAUUCCUGAACUCAUCCCUCUACAGUCCCGGUACCUGGGCAAGGUUUGGGACUUCCUGAAGGACACCGUUCCCAAAUUCCAGUAUGUGGAGGAGAGCUCGGAGGAGAAGCCCCUGACCAGGGAAACCUCCGGAGUGAGGGAGUCCAGACACAACGAGUGCAAGGGCGAGUCUCCCACAGCAACCAGAACCCUGGAGAAAAGCAAAGAUUCAGCCAAGAAGAAAGGGAAAGAUGUGGAUAAAGACAGAAAGUCAUCUCAGCCCAAUGCUGUCCAGCCCAACACUACCAAUCAGCCCACUACAGACAGUAUUUCACCCCCUCCUGCUCCAGAGAUGGUGGUGUGUGCCAGCUACCAGCCACUACACCUCCUGGAGAAGAAGACCUCUGUACUGGGACAGAUGGCGGAUUCGUCGGAGCGGCUGAGGCACUACGGUCUGUCUCGGCUCUACAGCCACCCAGUCCUGGUGACCCGUACCCGCGCCUGCCCUCUGGUGGCGCCCCCCAAACCACCCGCCGUGCCCCGCUGGAAACUCAUCCGACCCCGCAAGGAGACCACAAUUACAGACGAGCCCCGGGAGCCUGCGGUGGUGAAACCAGAGCAGUUCAUCGAGAUAUCCAGCCCCUUCCUCAACUACAGGCUGUUGACCAUGCCUGCUGAGAUGGAGGCCCAGCAGAGCAGUCACAGGAAGCGUGCAUGCAGCUCCACGCUGGCGUCCUUCGCCGAGACAGAGGAGAGCGAGAGCCGAGGGGCCCCGGAGCCCAGUACUGCACAACACAGCAUCAACUCACUGUACAAAGUGGACACAGCUGAGGUUAUAGCAGAUGACAAGAAGAAGGAUGACAAUACAACCAAUGAUCAGGAGGUGUGUGAGACUGCCCCAGCCACAGAGCGGUCCAAACAGGCUAACGAGCCCAGCUCGGCGCUGCUGAAGUCUCAGGAUUUGUUUGUUUCUGAGAAGCCUAUGUUACAGGAGUCCUGGGUAGACCUGGAUGACUUCUCCAAGUGCUUCCAGACACUUGUGGUUUUCCACAAGCCUAACACGUAUCCAAACCAUUUCCAGAAAUCGCAUUUCAAGAGCACCAUCUCCUCCAAAGUAUCAUCCAUGACUCUGAACUGCCCUGUAGGCUCCACCCACUCUGCUGCUACACCUGUACGCCACCCAGGCUCCUCGGCUGCUGCACAUAUUCAGUCUCCAGAUGAGAAGGGCUCUCACUACCUGUUGGUGGACAGCCUGCAGCCUUCCCACAUCCUCAUCAGCUUCUCUGCUUUGGUACACUGGGGAGAGACAGCCGAUGAGAAGAAGGAGAGUCCUGUGUGCAGGUCUGGAGUUCUCAUAGCAGAGCCCUACUCCUGGAAGAGUCUGCUGCGUCAGCUACCUGUCCUCCACAUCCAGACCACUGCCUGCAAGGCUGCCCUGCUGGUCCUCCCCCCUGGGCGUCAUGUCCUGUGCAUCCACACGAGGGCGCCUCUGGGCUACCACGUCCACCUGUACAGCAUGGCACCCUUCGUUUUCGGAGACGAGGAGACUGUCAUGCCUCACCUUGACAAGGAGAGUGUGCGUUUUUGUGAGCAGGCCCUGUCUAUUCUGAGGGCACUGGGCAGAGUGGUCAGCUCCUUCUCAGAUGAGCUGGAGCUCCCAGCAGCCACCAGGGCUCUGGGGGACGCCCACUGUCCCGCUCAGCUCAGCACUGUCGGAGGGCUCCGAGACCACCAGAGGGUGUUUAAUGAAGCAGUGUAUCACAUGAUCUGCGUUGCUCUGGACAGGAAGCUGUCAGCAGAGGAGCUGUUUGCUGUCCAGGCCCUUACCAACGACCCCUCGCUCUCCACCAGCGAGACAAGGGGACCGUCCUCCACAGAUUGUGAGGCACCAGAGGGUUGGGGCAGCAGGAAGCCCACCGAGCAGGAAAUCCAGGCAGUCAGGAUCCUCCAGGCCGGCUUCAAGGGACAUCUAGUCCGCGAGAUCCUCAAUUCUACUAAACCAGGCACAAAGGAGAAUCUCAGUGCCUCAAAGACGCUUCAGGAGAUGUGGGCUAGUGUGGAAUCGGAUGCAGAGAAACACGCAGUGUCUUUAUUGAGGUACAUCUUCAGUAACGAUGAGAGGACAGCUGAACUGUACCCCUGUCGGGAGGAUGAGUGGACCAGAAUCACGUUCACUGACUACUCUGUCCCUCUGCCUGAACUGGCCAACUCCUGGAUACUGGUCUUCAGAGAGGUGUUCUUGGUGCCUAAAGAAAUGCUGCUGGUGGCUAAGGUCUACUCCCCAGUCUCCUCCUGUCUGCUCCACGUCAUAGACAACAACACAGGAGAGGAGCUACCCAGAGUCUUCCAGAGAGUAGAGCCCCACGUCUACAAACAUAACCAGCGUGGAUACACCUUUAUGGCGGAGGCCCACACCCCUGACACACCCCUCGUGGGGGCCAAGUGGAGGAUGCGUCUGAUUGGCUCAUGUGAUCUUCCUGACCUGGCACGAGAGGCUCCACUCAACAACUUCUCUGUGAAGGAAUUCAGGGAUUACUACAUUCCCAAUGACAGGAACGUCAUCUGCAGGUAUUCUGUGAAGGUGACCGCGGACCACGCCGGUACAGUCCAGUUCCAGACGUCCAAACCGGAUGUUCACAUCCGCCUCUCCGUCCUGGACCAUGAGGAAGUGGUAGCUAGUAACACUGGGAAAGGCCACGUGGUCAUCCCGGUAUACCACUUCCAUCCUAGCAACUCCGCCUCCUGCGGACCCCCCCAGGCGGAUGGAAAGCAGAUCCAGGAAGAGGCCAGAGUGACAGGCUCUACCCAGGGAGGAGGGGGCCAGGAAGGCAUGGCCAUAGAGACUCCCCACCUGACCGACCAGACCCAGAACCAGCCUCUCACCCAGACCCAGCCGCCCAUGGAGACUAUGGGCCAUAAGUACAUAGUGGUGGCGGAGGUGUUGCAUAAGAGCUGGGCUCUCGACAACUCUCAGAUGGCCUUCGUCCAUACACUCAGGGACCUGGAGAGGAACGAGAUGAAAGUGCAUGGGGAGAAGCAUGAGGACCCGGCAACUCCGGUAAGUGGUGAAGCCCAGAGCAGCGAGAGCCAGAAGUCAUCCACCCCCAAGGGCAGUCGCAAGGGCAAAGGUGACAAGGACAAGGACAAACCCCCAGCCAAGCCUGGCUCCAGGAUGGAAACGAGCCUGGAUCAGUCGAAGCCUUACUGGACACUGCGUGUGGUGAGUGACCAGUGUGAUGCGGAGGUAAUCGAGGUGAGGAAGGACACAGAGAGACUGGAUGAAAUCAGAGCUAUGAAACAGGCCUGGGAGACCGCUGAGCCUGGCAGGUGUAUCAAGGCCCUCCAGUCCAGACUACAGUUCAUUAACAAACUCCUACGUGGGGCCAAUGCAGACACACCCACUGAUGGGACAGAGAGUGGAGAGCCAGCUAUCCACCCCCAGUCCCCUGAUGCUCAUAUGAGUCUGUCCAAUCAGGAGCUGGCUCUCCUCAGCCAACCAGAUCCCUCCCAGCACCACUUACCUAUGGACUACACCCCCUUCAUCAGGAGGCAGCGGGAGGUUCCUGUUCUGAAGGACCAGGUGAUGGAGGAGGCCCAGCGGAGGGAGCGCUUAGAGCAGAUCCAGGGCUUCAGGUUGGUCAGAGACACUGUGCUGGAACACCGCAGGCAGGAGCAGGCUAACAGGAAGGAGCUCAAGAGACGCCAGCUGGAGAUGUACGACGGCCUUCAGGUGGCGUUGGGAGUGCAGCGUCAGAAGGUGCUGGCGGCCCGGGAGGUGUUCCGAAACCGGCUACUGGAGGCGGAGCUUCGUCGUCAGGAGGAGGAAGAGGUGGCUCUGGAGGCCGCCAGGCAGCUGGAGCUAGAGAAGAAUGCCGCCCAGCAACCCAGUAAGCAGGCCAAGAGUGCCAGCAAGAAGAAGUGAUCCCAUUGGGUACGCCAUCACUGUCCCCAACUCCUCCUCCUUGAUUGUCAGCCAAUCUGAGUCAGUCGUUAUGAUAUAGAGCAAUAUUUAUAGAGAGCAAUAUUCAUCUAAAGUGUUUUUACUUCAGUGUUUAGAAAUUAUUAUUUUAUUGCAAAUAGUGCUUCAUUAAAUACUAUUCACAUGUA